AUGGACAAUCAGUGCACUGUCCAAGUCAAGUUAGAGCUGGGACAUCGCGCCCAACUGCGCAAGAAGCCCACCACCGAGGGCUUCACGCACGACUGGAUGGUGUUUGUCCGCGGCCCCGAGCAGUGUGAGAUCCAGCACUUCGUCGAGAAGCUGGUCUUCCGGCUGCACGACAGCUUCCCCAAGCCCAAGCGUGUGUGCAAGGAGCCCCCCUACAAGGUGGAGGAGUCGGGCUAUGCUGGCUUCAUCAUGCCCAUCGAGGUGUACUUCCAGAACAAGGAGGAGCCGAGGAAGGUUUGCUUCACCUAUGACCUAUUCCUGAACCUGGAGGGCAACCCGCCCGUCAACCACCUGCGCUGUGAGAAGCUCACCUUCAACAACCCCACCGUGGAGUUCCGGUACAAGCUCCUGAUGGCCGGCGGGGUGAUGGUAAUGCCCGAAGGAGCAGAAACGGUGUCCAGGCCCAGUCCCGACUACGCCAUGUUACCCACAAUUCCACUCUCUGCCUUCUCUGACCCCAGGAACACCAAACCGUCCCACAGGAAUCUGAAUCAGGACGCCAGAAGGGAGAGCAGCAAGACCUGCAAAGCCCACAAGAUGACCAAGGAACACCGGGAGCGGCCGCGCGAGGACUCGGAGAGCAGGGCCGCCUCCAAGGAGCCGGAGCGUGAGCAGGCCGGGAGCACCGAGAACGCCGCACGGAAGCUGGGCGAGGGCCGGCCACCCAAGGAGGAAGAGGCCCCACCGCCCAAGGCCGCAUUCAAGGAGCCUAAGAUGGCCCUGAAGGAGACCAAACUGGAGAGCAUGUCCCCCAAGGGCGGGUCCCCGCCGCCCCCGUCCAAGUCUUCCAGCAAGCGGCCGGCUGCCACCGACUCACCCAAGCCCAGUGCCAAAAAGCAGAAGAAAAGCAGCUCCAAGGGGUCCAGGAGCGCCCCCAGCACCUCACCCCGCACCUCGUCUUCCUACUUCUCAGACAAAAAGCCGGCCAAGGACAAGGGCAGCACCGAAGGGGAGAAGGUCAAGGCCGAGAGCGAGCCCAGAGAGAUCAAAAAGCCCCCGGAGGCAGAGGAGUCCAACUCGGAGGACGAGGCCUCCUUCAAGACCGAGGCCUCCUUCAAGACCGAGUCCGCCCAGUCGAGCCCAUCCAACUCCAGCUCCAGCUCCGACUCCAGCUCAGAUUCGGACUUUGAGCCAUCUCAGAACCACAGUCAAGGCCCCCUGCGCUCCAUGGUGGAGGACCUGCAGUCCGAGGAGUCUGAUGAGGCCGACUCUUCAUCAGGAGAGGAGGCCGCUGGCGAGACGAACGCAGGGAGGGACUCCAGGUUGAGCUUCAGUGACAGUGAGAGCGACAACAGUGCCAACUCCUGCCUGCCCAGCCGGGAGCCGCCCCUGCCCAACAGCAAGGCGUCAAGCCCAGAGCCCUGCAGCAAGCCCGAGAAGAUCCUCAAGAGGAGCGCCUACGACAAGGCCUACAGGGACGAGCUGGUAGAGCUACACCGGAAGCUGACGGCCCUGCGGGACCCCAAGGUGCUGCAGCAGAUCGUGGACCUGAUUGAGGAGACCGGCCACUUCAACGUCACCAACACCACCUUCGACUUCGAUCUCCUCUCCCUGGACGAGAGCACCGUGCGCAAGCUGCAGAGCUACCUGGAGGCGGUGGCCACAUGA